AUGUUGUCCAUGCGCAAGGGUGGCUUGUGCAUGUUGAGAGCCUCACCUUCUCGAGUUCCUGCACUGGAGCGACGAAUUCACGCCGGUAGUAUCCGUUUCAUGCGUACGUCUUCAUGCGUGGGAGUGCAACUUCGGACCUGCAUGGGAAGCGGUCGGCAGCUGUCAAGAAUAACUGCGCAUACGUGUCUUUGUACUUCGCGCCGUGGUGUCGCCUACAAGAUGGAUGCCACCUCGUUUUUGAGCAAAGUUAUUCAGUCUCAACAAGCCAUCUGUUUAGUGUACCAUCGACCAGACACUAGCAGCUGCAAGGCCUACUUGACACACGCGGAGCGCCUUGUAAAUCGGCUGAACACGGAAGUGUCGGAUACCGAAAACAGGGCUGGCGGUGGCGGUGACAGGCGUCGCCGGCAGGGGGGGAGGGGGCGGCAAAGGCGACGGAGGAGACAGAGGGUGCAAGGUGCGUGCGGCAGCUGA